AGCCCGACGGCGGUCGGGGCAAGCUAGGGAAGGGAUGGAGCCCAUAUUAAAUGCAGAAGAAGACCCAUCGACGGAGGAAAUCCAAGCCCAGUAGUUCAUCUGUUUGAGAACCGUGAACAGAAAUGGUGUCUUUCAUGAAAUCGUUCGGCCAGCGGCGUCCGGCUGCCGCCGAGCCGGCGGAGGUCAACGCAAUCACUCCCUCGAAUACGGUAGAGCAUGUGGACGUUGAGGUCGACGAUGCGGACCAGAAGAAGUCUGCCGAUUUUCAGCAUGCCGCUGCCCUGGCUGUAGACUACGUCGAAGGCUCGGCCGCCGAGAAAAAGCUGCUCCGCAAGCUGGACUAUCGCCUUCUUCCGUGCUGCUGGAUCCUAUACAUCUUGGGCUAUCUUGACCGGUCAAAUAUUGGAAAUGCAAAGACUGCUGGCAUGCAGGAGCAGUUCCACAUAACCUCCAACCAGUACUCCAUCAUCGUGCUGAUCUUCUUCGUCUCGUACACCAUCUUCGAGAUCCCGUCCAACAUGAUCCUGGUCCGGGUCAAACCGUCCACCUAUCUGGCUUCGCUGGCGGUUCUCUGGGGCAUUACGGUGUGCGCCAUGGCAGCAACCAAGAACUGGACAGAUGUGGUCGGAUGCCGCUUUGUUCUGGGCGCAGUUGAGUCGGGAUUCGCCGCCGGUUGCGCUUUCUACCUAUCCUGCUGGUAUCGCACACACGAACUUGCCGCACGCUAUGCCAUCAUAUACACCUCGGUUGCUCUGGCUGGCGGGUUGUCCGGUCUUCUGGCCGGCGUCAUUACCGAGCAUAUGGAUGGUGCUCGGGGGAUACCUGGAUGGCAAUGGCUCUUUAUCAUUGAAGGCGCAGUUUCUGGAUUCGCCGGAAUAAUCGUCUGGUUUUUCCUGCCAGAAUACCCGUCAUCCGCCACCAAGUUCCUUACCGAGGAGGAGCGCAUUCUCGCUUGCCACCGCCUCGCACUUGACGGCAUUGGUCUGGCACAAGGUGCACACGAGCGCAUGUCCAACAAGAAGGCAUUCAUGUUGGCGGUCAGGGACUGGCGUGUGUGGGCGUUUACGUUCCUCUUCAUGCUUGUCUGUGGCUCGCAGACGAUGCAGUACUUCAUCCCGUCGCUGGUUGAAGCCUUUGGCUGGAAGGGAGCACAGGGCCAGUACCACACCAUUCCCGGAUACAUGUUUGCUGUAGUCUGCAUUCUUGGAUUUUGCUUCUCUGCAGACUACUUCAGAAACAAAUGGGUUACUCUCGCUAUUGUUUCCGCUGUUGGGACGGUUUUGUUCACGGCGGUCACCGCAGCUACCGACAAUAUGGCUCGAUACGUCAUUGCCAUCUUCGCUUUCGGCAUCAUCUACGGCUGCUCGCCUUUGGUCAAGACUUGGGGCGCUGAAGUGGUCCGCUAUCCAGCCGAGAAGCGAGCCAUCUCCAUCGCCCUGAUCAACUCCCUCGGAAACGCCUCUUCCAUCUACGGAUCGUGGCUUUGGCCGGAUAAGGAUGCACCCCAGUAUACUGUGGGAUUUGGUGUGACAACGGCCUGGAUGGGUUGUUUGGCCGUCGGUACGGUACUCUUCGCCUACCUGUUUAAGAAAUACCCCACGGAAUCCCCAGACGCAGUUGAUGUUGUUGCGGCCGAGAUUCGGCAGACGCGACAGAAGAACGGAAUGCGCGAGGAGGCUUAACCAAGCAUCCAUGGGGUUGCCAAGUUUGUAUGGGAUUGCUCGGCCUGAAGACUGAAGUUACCGAGUCCCGCGUGGCAAGAAAAGGGGCGGCAUCAAGUGG